AACGAUUUGGAUUGAAUGGAUCCACAGAACAAGCGGAGUCGCGUACCAUUUUGUGCGUGUGAAGGCGGCGCAGUUCCACAAACACACGAUGAGACAUUAUGUUACACGAACCGCACAAGGCGGAACCUUUGGGUCUGUGAAUUAAAUCUCAACGCCACUCUCGGCUGUCACCUCACCGCCCAAAUUGAUUAAGCCGCCCCUUCAGAGAGCCUCCCCCCUCCUUCCGCUCCCUCCCCACCAGUCACAUGGAGGUUAGGGUGAUCCGUCGCUCCCUCGAUGCUGUGGCAGUCGGGUUCUAGUGCGCCUCGCAGACUGAGUGCGUCGUAUGUUUUGAGCCUUUUUUUUCGUAGACGCAACUGCAUUUUAUUUCGUUCUCCCUGGAAUCUGCUGAAGACGCUGGUAACCGACACUGGUUUGAUGGGUUUAUUUUUAGUCGCCCACCGCAGCGAUGGGUGUCUGUAAGCCGGACGUGAGAGCGGUGAAGUGAAGCCCCCUCUUCCGGGGCUCGGUGAUCGGCAGAAUGAAGUCGAGGCGAGAUAAACUGAAGAUCCCCUCCCUGACCCUGGAUUUGUCGCCCACAUGCCAAAGCCCCACUCUCCUGAGCCCAUGCAGCCCUUGCAGUCCCUGCAGCCCCUUACAGACCCUUCAUCCCUGGAGCUGUCGCAGCAGCAACAGGAAGAGUCUCGGCGUCGGGACGCCGUCACCCACACUGUCCCGGCCGCUGUCCCCGCUCUCGCUCCAUACUGCUGCAAGCAGCCCUCUAGACAGCCCACGAAAUGUGUCGACCAGUGCCUGCCUCAACUUCCCGUUUGCCCGAAGUCACUUGGCUCGCGCCGACAGAGCCGAGGGCCGGAGAUGGUCCCUGGCAUCCCUCCCCUCAUCUGGGUAUGGAACCAACCCGCCGAGCUCCACUGUCUCGUCCUCCUCGUCCUCCCAGGAGCGUCUCCACCAGCUUCCCUACCAGCCGACUCAAGAUGAGCUGCACUUCCUCUUCACGCACUUCCGCAGCACAGACAGUAUGACUGACGAGGAUGGGCGGCCCUCCACCCUCAUACGACCUCGGUCCCGAAGCCUCAGCCCCGGGCGAUCCAGUGUCUCCUUUGAUAAUGAGAUUGUCAUGAUGAACCAUGUUUACAAAGAACGUUUUCCAAAGGCCACAGCCCAGAUGGAGGAGCGCUUGUUUGAGAUUAUCACCCACUGCUCUCCAGACAGCUCCCUCCCGCUGGCUGACGGGGUGCUGGGCUUCAUCCAGCACCAGUUGGUCGAGCUGGUCAGAGACUGUCUGGACAAGUCCCAGAAAGGCCUGGUUACUUCCCGCUACUUUGCUGAGUUGCAGGAGAACCUGGAGAAGCUGCUUCACGAGGCCUACGACCGCUCUGAAAGCGAGGAGGUAACUGUCAUCACGCAGCUGGUGAGGAAGAUCCUCAUCAUAAUCUCCCGGCCAGCUCGCCUCCUGGAGUGUCUGGAGUUUGACCCGGAAGAGUUUUAUCACCUACUCGAGGCUGCGGAGGGUCAUGCUAAAGUCGGCCAGGGAAUCAAGACGGACAUCCCGCGCUACAUCAUCAGCCAGCUGGGUCUGACACGGGACCCUUUAGAAGACAUGGUGCAGCUUGAGCAGUAUGAUGCCAGCCCUUCAGUGUCUGUGGAAAUAGAGGCAAAUGGGGAGAAUAAGGCCCCACAGACUCUGACACCGACUCGAAGGAAACCUUUUGAGAGUGAUUUUGAAACCAUCAAACUCAUUAGUAAUGGAGCCUAUGGGGCUGUGUACCUCGUCCGUCACAAGGAGACCCGCCAACGGUUCGCCAUGAAAAAGAUUAAUCGGCAGAACCUGGUUCUGAGGAACCAGAUCCAGCAAGCUUUUGUGGAGCGAGACAUCCUGACUUUUGCCGAGAACCCCUUCGUUGUCUCUAUGUUCUGCUCUUUUGAGACGCGACGUCACCUCUGCAUGGUCAUGGAGUAUGUGGAAGGUGGAGAUUGUGCCAACCUGCUCAAGAACAUGGGCCCACUGCCUGUAGAAAUGACACGGUUGUACUUUGCUGAAACUGUCCUGGCCCUGGAGUACCUUCACAACUAUGGUAUUGUUCAUCGGGAUCUCAAACCUGACAAUCUGUUGAUCACAUCUAUGGGCCACAUCAAGCUAACGGACUUCGGCCUGUCUAAAAUUGGCCUGAUGAACAUGACCACCAACCUUUGCGAGGGUCACAUGGAGAAAGACACAAGAGAGUUUAUAGAUAAACAGGUGUGUGGCACACCGGAGUACAUUGCCCCAGAGGUAAUCCUCAGGCAGGGCUAUGGGAAGCCAGUGGACUGGUGGGCGAUGGGAGUCAUCCUUUAUGAAUUCCUGGUCGGCUGUGUUCCGUUCUUUGGAGAUACCCCAGAGGAGCUUUUUGGACAAGUUGUCAGUGAUGACAUCAUUUGGCCAGAAGGAGACGAUGCGUUACCUUUUGAUGCUCAGGAUCUGAUCACCCGCUUGCUCAGACAGAGUCCUUUGGACCGGCUGGGAACUGGCGGAGCCUCAGAGGUCAAACAGACCCCUUUCUUCCUCGGUUUGGACUGGAAUGGACUCCUGAGGCAGAAAGCUGAAUUCAUCCCUCAGUUGGAGGCAGAGGACGACACCAGCUACUUUGACACUCGUUCCGAGCGCUACCACCAUUUGGCGUCUGACGAAGAUGAGGAAACCAACGACGAAGAGUCUUCCUUGGAAAUCAGACAGUUUUCUUCUUGGUCCCAUCGCUUCAGCAAGGUUUACAGCAGCACAGAACAUCUGGCGACACCAUCCAACCUGAGCUUCUCCUCUGACCGCAGCCACAGUGAGGAGAAGGAGGACCGUGGGGACCUUGGAGGCUUGAGUUCCUACCUGAGCCAAGCAGAGGGCAGCGUGGAGCGUGCACAUGCUGGACGCAUGGCCAGCCUUCGUCCUCGGGCUUCCUCCAGCUCCUCCCAGUCAGAGAGGAGCACCAGCCCCCUGGUGAUGAGCAGCACCCACAGCCUGGAGACGAUGCCUCGCUUUGCCCUCUCCACUGACGAUGAAGCUGAGGUGGUUGUCUCAAAUCUUCGGAGAAUCAGGAUUCGCAGCAACAGCACUGGAGCCAAACACUCGUCCCCGAAGGAGCCGGCCUGCCCUCGGCGCUUCGGUAACCAGCUGGAGACGCCAGAUAGACAGCGGCUUCCCUGUGGCGGGAAGCUUCCCAAAUCAGCCUCCAUCUCUGCCUUGUCUCUCAUCAUCACUACAGACGACUUACCUGGCGGCCUCCAGCCUAGUCCCAUCUCCCCUCGCUCGCUGUCCUCCAACCCUUCGUCCCGGGACUCCUCCCCCAGCCGGGACCUGUCUCUCAGCCCUUGCAGCCUGAGGCCUCCCAUUGUCUUCCACACAUCGGGGAAGAAGUACGGCUUCACGCUGCAGGCCAUCCGAGUCUACAUGGGCGACAGCGACGUCUACACCGUUCAUCACAUGGUGUCGAGUGUGGAGGAGAGCAGCCCAGCUCACCAGGCAGGUCUCCGCACAGGAGACCUCAUCACCCACGUGAAUGGGGAGUCUGUCCAAGGCCUGGUCCACCCUGAGAUGAUAGAACUGCUAUUGAAGAGUGGCAGCAAGGUGGCGCUUCAGACCAUAGCGCUGGAGAACACGUCGAUCAAAGUGGGUCCGGCUCGAAAGACCAAACACAAAGGCAAGAUGGCUCGUCGCAGCAAGAAGAGCAAGAGGAGAGAUAAUUACGACCGGCGACGCAGCAUCUUGAAAAAGCUGUCCAAGCAGAGCACAGUGAUACACAGCAGUCGCAGCUUCAACUCAGGCCUCCACCACUCAGUUUCCUCCAGCGAGAGUCUUCCAGGCUCACCCACACACAGCCUCUCCCCCGGGCCUUCCACACCCUGCCGGAGCCCCGCGCCCGAUCAUCAGGCCAUUGACUCUCCUCAGAGCACGUCUCCCUGCUCCAGCUCUCCCAGUUCCCCCGCUACACACAUCCGGCCCAGCUCCCUCCACGGCUUAGGCUCCAAACUCAGCACGCAACGCUACACCAAGGUGGGUCGCCGCAAGUCCACCAGCAACAUCCCCCCCUCGCCCUUGGCCUGCAACUCGUCCUCCACCCAGCCUCUUUCGCCACAGCGCUCUCCCUCUCCGCUGUCGGGCUUCGCCAAAACCCUUCACGGCUACCACGGCAAAACUCUGUCCCCGCCCACCAUCGUUAGACACAUCGUCCGGCCUCGCAGUGCCGAGCCACCUCGGUCUCCUCUUCUUAAGAGGGUACAGUCGGCAGAGAAGCUGUCCGCUGGGUACCAUGCUGACAGGAAGUCGUACACGCCUCGCAGGCACACGCUGGAAGUGCCGUUUUACUGUGAGGGAGACCUGCUGGGGGACUCAGAGGCCGAGGGUUUCUGUGGAGGCUCCUACGCUGGGCCCGAUCUCAGCAGGCUUGGGGGGUACAUCGGAAGCCAGAGACUGAGGGACUCCGGGCUGGAACGGUCGGAGCAGCUGGUCGUGAUGCGAAAGCUCAAUCUAUCAGAGCGGCGGGACUCUUUUAAGAAACAGGAGGCGGUGCAGGAGGUGAGCUUUGACGAGCCGGAGGAGAAAACCAGCGCCACGGUUACAGCGACCCCCACAGCUCCAGGAGCCCAAACACAAAAUCAGCCUCAGCAGCAGCAGCAGCAGCAGCACAGGACAAACUGGAUGGUCACCCGACCCCAGAACAGCGUGGAGCUGGAGCCGGAAGUGCCAGCAGUGAGGAGGUUCACACUGGUCCCCCAGAUUGCCGUGCAGGGCUCAACGGAGAGCGAGCAUGACGAGUGGGAGCCGUGCUCAGACGGAGAGGACACCUACGAAACGGCAGAGCUGGACGUGUGCAUCACUUCAUCUCAGCCACAACAGGCGGGACUUCCUGUUGAUGGUGACCACAGCUGCAAGCCGGUAGCAGAAACCUCCUCCACUGGUCUUCAGGCUGGACCGUCGGCAGAGAAGACAGAGUGCAGAGAGGAAAGUCCACAGAAGGGACAUCUGAGAAAGUGACCCCUCACCACUGCGUUCAUUUCAACUGCUCAUGUCUUUUCUUUCAAGUCUUACAAACUACAGCUAAGAAAAGUUGAAAACGAUUUUACUUGAAUUUUUUAUUUGUAAAUAUUUGGCUGAGGGCAUUGCAGACGUUCGGUUAUUUAUUACAUUUGUCAACGGAUGCGUUGACAACAGUAGAAGGGGAAGUCGUCAAUGGUUUAAUUGCCACGGUCAGCAUUUUCUAUCAUAAAAUGUUGUUUAAUGUCUUUUUAUCUGGAUAGUUUUUAAAAUAAAUGUCUAUUUUUUGAAUGAAUUGUCGCAGAACAAAUGAGUUUGAUAGAGCAGGGUGUAACUGUUGUACGAAUCAAAAGGUACGCCGAUUAAAUCUUUCUCUUGAGCUUUGAGCUCAACGGGGCAGCUUCCUGUGCUGUAACAGAUCUCCAUUAACUUAAGAAUGACCUUUGGGUUUCACACUGUAUAGAGACAUGGUUGAUUCUAGUCAUUUUCUGAACUAUCGUUUGCUGCUUUGCUUUUGUAGAAACUGUCAUUGCUACCAAGCACUAUUUAGCAUAAAGGUAAAAGAAAUGCUGAAGUUUGAUAGUUGCUUAAAAAUGGGAUGCUUUGCACAGCUUGAAUUAUUUUUGCUUUUCAGACACAACUAUUGUGGUAUUGUAUUAUUGGUGGAGAACUGAGCAAAACUGUAUUAUGGUUGUCUGGUGCAAUACCUACAUAGAAAAAAAAUAUUUUUGUUAUGUGGAAACAAAAGAAAGAAAUUGAGUUCUUCCAUUCACUUAUUGAUCAUGUUCCUUACAGUGUGAAUUAAUGGUCAUAGUUUUUUUGUAAGUUUUUGUAAACUGGUCAGUGCAGGGUAAUGUUUUACACUAAGUACAAGUACAAUCUGUCAUUGAGCUGCAGCUGACUCAAAAGGUGUAUUAUGUGCCAUGAUAUCACUUCAGCGUCUUUAAAGCCAUAUCCUUGAAGGCAGCAGUCAACUCAUGAACCUGUUUUUUUUAAACUUUUUUUUCAGGUAUUGCAAUCUUAAGAUCUUUUAACUGAUGUUACAGAUCAUGAUAUUCUAUAAAAACUUAGUAUGAUGUCAUAAUCAUAGGGGCAACCCAGAUAUAUAUAUAUAUUUCUUCAUGCCCACUUUAACAUCAGUAGACACAAAUUCAGCAUGACCCUGUAAUAACUUGUUCUACUCAAAGCAUGCAAUUUGCAGGGAAAACCAUCAUGUAAACUCAUUAAAUGAUACGUCUUCUCCAGAGACUGAAGGAAAAUUCUGAAAAACACUUUUUUAAAAAAAAAAAUUCUCCUAUAAUAAAACAUUUUGUACCGGGUGGGGGGGGUGUAGUAGUAGACUGUAUUUUUUGGAGCAUUUGUCUGGAAACUGUAGCUCUUGUCUUUGCAGCAUGUAAGAGACACCAUGCAUACAAGACCUGUUGCUACUUAAUGUACUGUGUAGUGAUGUUUACAUCAAGGAGAAACGUGCACUAUUGUAUUAGUAAGUGAAUGUUAAAGGUAAAUUGAAAAUGGCAGAGGGAACCUCUCACAUUGCAUCCAAACCCAGGGCUCUCUGAACAAAUGUUUUACGUCUUUGUAAUGGAAACAAUUUGAUGUAUUUUGAUAAUGAUGUGUAUAAUUGGAAUGUUUUGGGGGGAGAUAAUAUGCACAAUUUCAGGCACCAGGAUUUUUCAAAUUCUGACUUAAAUGAAUAAGCUGUUACUAUCUUGGAUGUUUAUUAUCUUAUUUAUCGGUGGCUGGCUUUGGUAUCAAGUUUCUCCUUCUGUUUCUAAAGCAUCAGACUUGUUAAUUACUUAAAUCCUUCUUCCUCUCUAAAUCUUGUGACGACCUUUUACAGAUUGCUUGUGUUGAGUCAGUGAAAGAGUCAGUCAGAAUUGUUUACAUUGAACGAACAUGCUAUGUACUGUACAAACAUUUUAUAUUCUGUGGUUGUAUAUGAUGAAGCUAAUGUCUUUGAUACUUUUAAACAAAACAACGUUCAAAGAUGUAACAGCUGUUUAGUUGUGAAAAUGUUCAGAGAGGGUCACUUAGCAACAAACUGAGAAGCAUUAAGUGUUUUUACAUACACCUAAGUAACUGUAUUUUGAAAACCCUUGAUGUGUGAAGGAGAAAUGCAGUUUUAUUAACUGGGCAAAGGGAUGACCGUAAACGGGGGCGGGACAAAGGUAGUUUUCUGCUUGAACUUCUGUACCAUGUGUACUCUUCUAAUGUUUUUUCAUGUGCACAUCUGCAUGAAAAAUAUUUUAUAGAGAAAUUAAUGCGGUAUAAAUGAAGCAAGUUCUGUUUGUAAGUAAAAUAAUAGGUUACAAGUCGGACAAACAAAGUGCUGGUACAACACUAUUUGUACAAGUCAUACUGUAAGGGACUGCCCGUACUCUAAACUGUACUGUAGAAAUGUGCCAAUCCUUUAACACAUCACUUAUAAAAUAUGCCAAGCGUUCUUUCAAAGUGAUUCGGGACAAGAACUUUGCACUGCAUGUGUACAUAAUUUCUCAGAAUAACCAAAAUUCUUAUGUGAAUGUAAAUGUAGUCAAUGCUGGAUGGAUCGCUACUGGUUGAAAGCCGGUUUGGCGCCCACAAACACACCCCACUUUGAUGUGACAGCUGUAGGAUGCAAGUUUAAAGUGCCAGUGGAGGUCAGCAUAGAUUCUCAGCUGGUGUUAAACUUGCUCUUAAAGAACUAACUGGCAGGUUAAAUUGUUGUACAUGUGUUCUGGUGUGGACCCUGUUCUGUUCAGUGCAUGCUGCAUGAGACGAGCACACCUCUGUAGGACUUGAUUGCAUGGUAUACCGGCGUUGUAGCCCUGUACUGUGUUUUCCUGUGCAACAAAUAAAAUUUGAAUUUCUCCUUGCCUCAUCCUGAA